AAACUGGAUUAGGGCUAGCUUGCAGCUAACGUUAGCAGUCUUAAUGCAGAAAGCAAAGCAUGCAACAAAGAUAGCAUCAUAGCCUAAGUUAACGUUAGCUUUUAUAGCAUUAACGUUGGCUAAUUAGAAGAUGCUUUGCGUUUGCAGUCUUAUAAUUAGUUUAUUGACUUUUGCUUUAAGAUACACUUUGUUAAAAGGCGAACAUUAGGCUUAGAAAUAGAGAUGUUUCUUUCAGCGAAUAACCUUACAAGUAGCAAUAACGUAACGUAUCUUAGAGACUUUUGUUUAGCUACUUUUUGUCGUGUCGGGACAAAUUAAGGCUGUUUGACAGAGUUGUCUGGGUUUUUCGGUGAAGUUACGAGAUCCGCAGGAAGUCAGCUUUCACGUCCUUCCCUCAAAUAAAUUCACAAUUUAGCAGCCAUGGAUUCACAAGCAACCCCCCAACCAGUCAUUUGUGAAAUGUGUGGCACCUACUUUGAGACACGACGAGGACUCUCCAGUCACGCCCGUCUCCAUCUACGGCAGCUUGGUGUGCCAUUGUCAGAAAGCAGCGGAGCUCCUAUAGAGCUCCUCUACCAGCUUAUCCAGGAGAAAGAUGGCUCCCUCCAACAUUUCAAAGCAGACUCCUCUGCACCUGGGCCAACUGCUCUCAAAAAUACAACCCAGCAGGAGUCCAGUACUCCCUCAGUACCAGAGGACAAGAGUGCCUCCUACAAGGCAGGGGUUGGCAUCCUGACAACUCCACAGAAGACUGACCAUCAGGGAUCUCCAGCUAGAUUAAAAGAGUCAGCAGGCACUCUGCUUCCCUCAUCUCCUUCUGCUGUUAGGUGCACUGAAGGUGGCAGCUCAUCCACCUUAGAACACCAAACCACAACCAAGCCACUGUGGGCACCUCUGGAAACUGAUGCCCCCAUCACCUUAGCUUCUGACACCAACGAUGAGGUCUAUGUUUGCCAGCUUUGUGGCUGCUGGUAUGAGACACGCAAGGGUUUGUCCAGUCAUGCUCGGGCCCAUCUGCGCCAGAUUGGAAUCUCUGAAAGUGAGAUUAAGGGCAACCCAGUUGAUUUUCUUUAUCAGGUUAUGGAGGAGGAGGAGGACCACAAGCCCACUGACAGUGAGCAACAAGAGUCGCUCACCUCUAACAGUCCCUCUAGGCCCUCUUCUAAACGCGUCUCUGAUUUAUCCUCUCCACCUGCAUCUCCAUCCAACAAACGGCCUAAAACAUCAGAGCUGCAUACCUGUAUUCUGUGCGGGGAGGAGUUUGAGAAUCGUAAAGGCCUGGCCAGCCACUGUCGCUCUCAUCUACGUCAGAUUGGGGUGAUUGACCUGCUGGGGAAAAGCUCUGCAGUUGAAACUGUCGAAGAGCUGGUCAGCAGUGGUGUGCUAGAAGCCAUGCACCCCCCCAAAACAAACAGCACAGUCAACUCAUCUGCAGCACCAUCUUUAGCCUCAGCCUCUCCCACAGCCCCACUUCUGUCUCCAGCUCCCAGCCAAUCCCAGAGCCCAUUUCCCUCCACAUCCCUCUCUCCAAGCUCUACAAAGAGUGCUCCCUCUCUUCAUACUCCUAGUAACAAGGCCCCAAAGGCUAAAAAAGGCUUUCGGUUAGCAGUGGACCCCCUCCUUAAGAAGCCCAAGUCUGAGCCUAUGGAGAUGGAGGUGUCUGUCCAACAGAAGGCUUCCAGCACUAACAGCAGCUCUCCCACACCAAAGUCACCCACUGCUGUUGCUACUCCUAAGCGCCUCAGUGCAGAUGUACAGUCCCCACCAACAGUCCUUUGUGAUUUCUGUGGCCAGUUGUUUGACACCCGCAAAGCCCUGUCAUGCCACGUUCGUGCCCAUCUGCGCCAGCUUGGCCUGGCCUGGUCAAUCAGAACGUCUCCCAUUGAUCUCCUCAAAGAAGUCAUGAUGCAUGGUGGACAAAUCAGGAAAGAGUCUUUGGCAUCGGGCAAAGCGACGUGGACCCCUCAAGGCUCCAGGAGGUCACGGGACAGCCUUCAGUCGGGGGAAUCAUCUUCCAACAGCUGCACUGCACCUCUUGAUUAUUCCAUGAAAGAGAAAUCCCCAUCUGGCAAGAGUGGGGCCUCACACACAGACACAUCCUGUGAACUUUGUGGGUUUGAAUUUGAAAACCGCAAGGCCCUGGCCAGUCACGCACGAGCCCACCUGCGACAGCUGGGACUCAUUGAAUGGAAGGCAGAUGGAGCAAGUUCGCCCAUUGAACUCCUCAGUGAAUUGAUCCGGAAGGAUCCAGCCAAAGUGGCAGCGAUAACCCAACGCUACCGUGUGGGAGACCUGUACAUCAAGAAGGUGUCCCAGAGAUCUGCUCUUUCGCCCACUCUGUCCAUAGACUCUGACUUUGUGUCUGGCAGCAGCUUGAAGCCUGAACACAAAGUCAGCAAAGUGGACUUGGGUGUCACUGCCACCUCAUCCAGACAAUCACAUGGCCACACACGGGCUGCUGCAGCCCGCAGCGACCUCGGUGUACGUUCCCCAAGGGGGGUCCACCCACCAAAACGCAUGCCUACAGGAGAGGAACAUCAGGACUCCCAGCAGCCGUCACACACCGGUAGCAUCCCUGCUCUGCUGCCAAAGCCCCCCCUAACACCACUGGUCAAACUGGUGGGCAAAAUCUACUCCCUCAAGUGCAGGUUCUGUGAAGAAGUGUUUCAUGGGCCCCUGUCUGUUCAAGAGAAGUGGAUCACACAUCUGCAGAAACACAUCCUGUCACUGGGCUACAAAGGCAAAGCAUCUCCUCCUGCCGCACCGGUGACAGCUCCAGCGCUGGUUCAUCCAGUAGCUGUCUAGUCCUUGAAAUCUGUCUGUAAUUCACCGAGCGAGGUCAUCAUUUUCAAAUGUCAUGUCAGAGUCAAGAAAAAGUGUCGUAUCUAAUGCGCUGUUAGAAAAGUGCAAAUGAGAUGUUUCCUUUUUUGUCCUAGAGAGGGCAAACGUGAGCCAUACAAGGAAGCAGCAGAAGGUAAUCCACUCAGGUAAAGGCUAGUAGAUACAGUUGGUGACAGUACUGAACUCUCAAUGCUUCUGAAGAAUAUGUCAAAGAAGAUUCAUCCCACAUUUUGAUCCAUAAGUACAGAUGUUAGACAUGUUUGAAUGUGAUUCAGUGUUGUUAACAAGUGAGAGAAUGAUUCUGGCCAAAAUGAUGACACACACAAGUUGUAUGCUGUCGAUGGCAUAUUUGUUGGAAAAAAAAAAAAGUUAAAAUGUUGUUGUGUUAUUUCCCAAAAUCUUGUCCUGUCAGAGCCACAUUGUCUUUGCCAAUCAUGUACUGUUUUUCAGGCCUUUUCACAUUCUGUAUUGUACACUUGUGUCAAUUAAAUUCUGUCUUGUAUGUAAA